AUGUCGAGCAGCGGGAGCGCCGUCGCUGCCGCCCCCGCCGCCCCCGCCGCGGCCUCCCCGCCCGCGCAGCCUCCCCCGCCGCCGCCCCCUCCUCCGCCGCCGCCGCCUCAGCCCCAGCCGCCGCCCCCGCCGCCCGGCACUUCCCCGGGCCCCGCCGCCGAGCCGGAGCUGGUCUCGCUCAUCCUCAACCGCCUCAAGAGCCAGGGCCUCUUCGACCAGUUCCGCCGCGACUGCCUGGCCGAUGUGGACACCAAGCCUGCUUAUCAGAACUUAAGGCAGCGGGUGGACAACUUUGUUUCCAACCACCUAGCAACUCACACGUGGAGUCCUCACUUGAAUAAAAACCAGCUGCGGAAUAAUAUUAGGCAACAGGUUCUCAAAUCUGGAAUGUUAGAAUCCGGGAUUGACAGAAUCAUUUCUCAAGUUGUGGAUCCAAAGAUCAACCACAUAUUCAGGCCUCAGGUUGAAAAAGCUGUCCAUGAAUUCUUAGCCACAUUAAAUCACAAAGAUGAAGCCAGUCCGAGCGCAGCACAGCCUGAGGAGAAACCAGAUGCUUCUCUUACAGUGCAAGGUGUUUCCAUCAUCGCUCCUAGCACAAGCGUGGCUAGUGAUGCCCUGUCCAUUUUGGAAACGAUCACUUCUCUCAACCAAGAGGCCAGUGCAGCCCGGACUUCUGCAGAGGCAACAAAUCCCAAGGCUACAGACAGAGCGUCAAGAAAGCUCUCAUCUCAGCAGAGUGUGGAUGGUGGCACUGAGCAAGAGCGAAAUGUGGAUGAUCUGCCCGAUGGGGAGAGACUGUGUAACGCUGCGGAAGAAAAUGCUGACAUGAUAACCAAUGGGGAAGAGGUGAAUAACUUCUCUUCAAGUGAAGAAGAAAAAACUGUGCCAAAAGAAGCCACCGGUUUGAUCAACCCAAGCAAGGGUGCUGUGCCGGAAGGCGAUGAGCAGAAAAACAAACUGGCGGACAGAAAGCUGGAGGGCUCCGAGAAAGGAGAGAGGAAAAAAGAGAAAAAGGAAAAAGUGGACAAGAAGCUGGACCAUUUGAAAAAGAAUGAUGAUGUUUUGAAAGUGAGAGAUGAAAAGCCUGCAAAGGACAAAGACGCAGAAUCGAUCAGACAUUCCACUGUGGAAAAAAACAGCAGUAAACAUAAAGCGAGCGAGAGUACAAAAGAAGUCAUUUUGGAGGAUUCUGAUACGGAAAUACUCAGUGAUAUCACGGUUAGUUCAGUGCACACCAGCGACCUUUCUUCCUUUGAAGAAGAGAGUGAAGAGGAACUUGCACUUUCUGACAGCACAGAAGAAGGAGAGAUCGUUUCUGACGAUGAAGAAGAGGAACACAGUCAAAUUAAAACAAAACCAGAGGAUGGUGAAUCUAACGAUAAAAAAACGAAAUCUGGCCGACACGCUUACGUCCACAAGCCUUACCUGUAUUCCAAAUACUACAGUGAUUCUGAUGAUGAACGGACUGUAGAGCAACGCCGCCAGUCCGUUGCUAGAGAAAAAGAAGAGAGACUUUUAAGGAGACGACUUAACAGAGAAAAACUUGAAGAAAAGCGGAAGCAGAAAGCUGCAGAAAAAACCAAAAUAUUGAAAACAGGAAAUCCAGGCAAAAGCAGUCAAAAUGUGGAAGAGUCUUCAAGCAGAGGCCUUGACUUAAAAGCCAGUGGUGCCAGCAUUAAAGAUGUGCUUAAAGAACAGAGGUUUUUAGAAAAGAAGGUGGCACUGAGCAGGAAAAGGAAGAGGGAGACAAGACAUAACGACGAAGGUGGGAAGAAGAAAUAUGAACAGCCGGAGGAAGAUCUCAGAGAACCUCUAAAGACAAAUGAAAGUGGUGAAAAGCUGUCCUCAAAAGAAGUGAAAGCUAGUCAAGGCAAAACUGAAAUGAAUAAACUAGCUAGAAGACUUCCAGAGCCAGUUCUUUCGACUGACGAUAGCAGAAAUGAUCCCAAAGUAGAAAGAGAACAUAAAAGAAAACCCUCUGCCUGUCUUCAGCCAGAUGGGGCCCAACAUGACCUAGAAGCCAAGGAUCCAAAGGCUCACAGUGACAGAAUAGAGGCCAACCCAGAAGAACUUCAAAAGCAGAAAAGUGUACUUAAAAAUGAAAAACAUAUUAAAAAGGAAGAAUCAGAAACACAGAAUUUCAAAAGUAUACUCAAGAAAGAGGCUAGAUCAUCAAAAGAGAAAAAUGAAAAAGAAAGAACUCUUUCUGAAGAUAGACAAGUAACAAAACAUAAAUAUAAAGGAGAUGGUGUUCAUAAAACAGGUGACGAGGCAGAAAAUCUGUCAUCAGAGAAAGCGCUGAAAGGUGAGGAGAGCACGCAAAAACAUAAUCAGCUAACGAAAACUCUGUCAGACGAAAGGAAGAAUAAGCACAGGAGUGAAAAGAAAGCAUCAGUAAGCAGCAAAGAAGUAAAAAAUGUUUCUGAACUUAUUUCCAAGAAUGAAGAAGGUCCACGUAAAGAGAAUAAUAGGAAAUACAGACAUAUUUCCAUGGAAAAAUCAAAAGCAGAACAUAAGUGCAAACGGUCAUCAAGUGAUUCCAGGCCACAGAAGGAGUCCCAGGGUGCAUCAAAGCCACACAGCUCUGCAACGUCAAGGAGAAGUGAAAGUUAUUCAGAAGAGAAAGAGCGACAUGAUGCGGAACCCACUAACCUAGAUAGUACUUUAAGACAAGGUGACAGUAUCCACAAAGGCAAGCGUAAAUCAAAAAAUAACUUAGAAGAAAGGUUCUUGUUGAAGUCCAAAUCCAAGAGUCAUGGCAAACAAGCGAAAGGAGCAGAAAAUGAAUUACAAGAAAGUUUGUCCAAGCAGGAAUCUGGGCAGAAAUUGGAAAAAGAUAAGAACUCAGAAGAAAGUGAUCUAGAUAAGCAAUGUAAAUCCAAAAGUGAAAGUAGAGUUUUGGAAGACAGUUCUGUGGAAUUGGAACCUGAAAGCAGAGCACACGUCAUGAGUAGUUCUCAAAAAGAUUCUGGUCACAGAGUUAAGUUACAGUUGGGAGAAAAACCAUCUACCAAAGAGAAAAUCAGAAGUGAUAAGGAUUUCAGCAGUUCCAGGUUAGAAAGGAAGUUGUCAGCAGAAGGUCACAAAACCAAAAGUUUGAAGCAUAAUAAUAAAGAAAUAAGAAAAAGAGAGGAAGAGAACAAACCUGACGACAAAGGUAAUAAACAAGUAGACAGUCAUGCCAAGAUGCAAGAAAAUGAUCUGCUUACAAAUAAAAAAGCUAGCAAAAGAUUAGUGGGGGAAAAUAGAAAAGGAAGUAUGUCUUCCCAAGGCAUGGAUACAGGAGAAGAAAAAAUACCAGCAGUUACUUCCGCAGAUAGCUCUUUCCCAGCUCCUCAGAACAUAGUCCUAACUAGUAGUCACGCCUUACAUUCUGAACAAAGCCAAGAGCCAAUGGAGAUUGAAUUGGAACAAACUCUCAGUGAUUCAUCUCAUCAAACGUCUCAAGCAGAAGAAGAAAGCAGUAAUAAUUCACAAGAGACUAAGUUUAAAAAUACAGCCAAAGACCAAACGCAGAAUUCAGCGUCUGAGUUUAAUAAAUUAGUUCAUUCCAAAGAAAGGACAUCAGAACCUUCCUUAUCAAGUCACAUUAACCCCCUGCAAAAAGAUGAAAACGUUCCCCAAAAGGAAGAGAAUGAACCAAAUUGUAUACACGAUCACGCUUUGAAGAACGUGGGACAUAUUGAGCAGGAGCCAUACCCUGUGAUUGCUGCGUAUGAGACAAAUGAUCAAAUCUCACUUAAUUCUCACAAGGACAAUGAAAAGUUAAAAUUCCAAAGAAUGUCUGAGGGUCCUCCAGCACAGAACACUCUUAAAAAUAUAUUAGAUCCAAGCAAAGAAAGCAGUUUUCCAAUAAAGAGCUCCCCAAGAGAAGAGGUUAACAAUCUUGCAGAAAUCACAGAACCCUUGAUUAGUGCAUCUACAGAGGAAUCUUUUGAUUUAGAUAGGUCUUGUAUUAAAGAUGUCAUUUCCGAUAGUAAAACAGAAGAUACUGUUAAAAUGGAACAACCUGGUACUGUUGUUAUUAAUGUCAUAGGAAGUGCAAUAAAUGACGUAAACGUUGAAAGCAAAGGUGAAGCUGCUGACUUAAGUGGCAAGCACAAAGCUGAGGAGAACGUAGACAUCCAUGAGAGCGUUGCGCAAGGAAGUGUUAGAAGUGUGUUAGCUGGUGUGACACAGAGUAAUAGUCUGACUGGCCUAGUGAUAGUUGAUGGAGGUGCACGGACAGAUGAAUUUGAGUCAGCGGUCUUGGAGAAAGUAGAAAAAGACAAUCUAGUUGGUGGUUCUUCUGCAAAGACAGACCAGGGUGCUGUAGAAUGCACAGACAAAACAAAGGAAAAUGAGGGCACCAGUGCCGUAACAGAAUCCUCUUCAGAAUCAGUGACCAAGGAUGCUCCAGAAGAAGUAAGGGACAUUUCUGUGAUGGCCAGUGAAGCAGGAGGUAGUGACGACACACGAGGAGUCACUGAAGAUAAAAAUGAAACCAAUCUUGUAGGGAGUAGUGUAGGUGGCAACGCCUGUGGUAUCUCCCACAGUAUGGAGACUUCCGAUACAACUAUUAUAGGGACUAGCACAGAGAGGAGUACUGGAAGCAUGGUAACAGCCACUAGUACAGGAGGAAACCAAGGUGAAGGAAGCUCGUCCGUAAAUUUGCAAAGGGAAGGUGAUGCUGUUAUUUCUUGUUCCGAAGAAAAGGGGGAGGCUACUUUGAUCUGUACAAGCAUAGAAGCAGAUGAAGGCUUCCAUGCGGCAGUCUGGACCAAAACCAAACAAGGGCCUCCUUUUGCAACCCAAAAGGACUUUGGCGAAUGUACUGUCACCGCUGCUGAAGAAAGUGGCGUUGGCGUUACUGAAGGGCUUGCGGCAUGCGAAAGUACCUCAACCAGUACGAAGGAGGAAGAAACGGCUGAAUGUGCUGCAAAUUAUGUAGAAGAAAGCGGUAAACAUUUAAGCAAUAAAACUGGUGUAGAACGUGAACAGAGUUCGGAUAAUGUUGAAACAGAAGAGAAAGAUGAUGCUGUGACCAGCGCAGGCUCUGAAGAAAGAUGCACAGCUUCUGCCUCUCAAGGUUCAAGCCCCUUUGACAGGGCUGCCCCUUCUGUCGGUGAGGUAGAAGGCGACGGGGCUGUGACCAGUGCAGGCACUGCAGAUCGUGAUGGCUCUGUGCACAGUGGAAAUCGAGAUGAAUUCCAGACGAAUGGAGCUGGGGCGGGGCAAGCGAAAGCGGCCGAAGGUGCUGUGACGUGCACGGGUGCAGCAAGAGGAAGUGCUGGGUUUGCCAUCUGCUCGGUCACUGGUACAGACUCUCAAGAAGAAAGCGCUGUGACCGGAGCGUGUGCUAGAUUAGAAGCCAGUAAUGCAGUGACCGGAACACACGCCGACAAAAGCGAAGACGUCGUAUACGGCGAAAGCGCCGUCACCAGCACAGGCAUAACGGCAGAAGAUGACCCCGAAGCCGCAGAUGCUUGUACUGGCUUGGAAGACAGCAACGAAGGUUUUUCUGUUUCUUUAGGCGAACAGGAUCAAUAUGAGCAUGCUACAGAUAGUACAGAAGCCGCCGCUGAAACCAAUGCCACUGAAGUGAGCCGAGGCUCCUGUGAUGACGAAGGUUUCGUGACCAGCACUGGGGCAAAGGAGGAGGAUGAAGAAGGCGAAGACUUUGUUACCAGCACAGGAAGAGGUAAUGAAGAAAUGGAUCACGCCUCGGCCUGUACAGGAACUGAAGAAACUGAACGGACCGUGCUUUGUGUUGGAGCUGGAGAAAGUGGAAGUUCCUCCAUCUGCAUAGCUACAGGCCAGCCUGAAACAGAGUUGGGGGUGCUGACCACGAAUGCAGGUAAAGGUAACGUUGACAGCAUGACAGGCUCAGAUGAAGAAACCAAGAGUGGCAGCGUCAGCCACAGCACCAAGGGAAUCGUUGAAAGCAGCAGCACCAGUGACGGUUCAGGCAACGAACACGUUUUAGAUUUCGCCACAGAAAAAGAGGAAGAGUUUGCAGUUACCGAGAACUAUGAAUUUGGCCUGGUCAGAGCAGUCUCAGAACAAAAUGGAGGCCAGCCUUCUGCUGCGGAAGAGAAGAAUGAGAAUGCCACAUCUUACUUAGACAACAGGAAAUGUGAAAGUUUGAGGUUUAGAAUGGAAGAUGCCAUUCCUUCAGCUUCUGAAGACGUUAAAGAUGAAGCAGAGACCAUCUCCACCAGUGUGGUCAAAGUGUGUCUUUCACCUCCACGUGGUUUUUCCAAGCACAUGGAACAAACCUCAUUUGAAAACUAUGAUAAAACUGACAGUAUAAGCGGAGAAGAAUUUGAGGCCCCUAUGCCCAGCACAGCCAUCGACAGCUGUCCGAGUCAAGAUGGAGCUGUUGUUGCACCAAAUAAGGUUUCCACAAGCGUGUUGGAAGAAUUUGAGGGCCCUAUGCCUAGCGCAACCAUGGAAGAUGGUGAGAGUCAGUUUGCUACCGGAGGAGCAGUAGAAAUGGCCUCAACCAACGUGGAAAUGUGGGCCACGCCCACGCCCAGUGGCUCCAGAGGGGAAGCUGACGAAAGCCAUACAGCAGACCAUAGUGAUGAGUGCACUGUGAUUUCCACAAGUAUUAACGAAGAGCGAGAGGUUCCUAUUUCCAAUGCCUGCACAGAAGACUCGGUUCCGGCCUUUGCCUUAGGAUUAGAACAAGCUGCUCACACAAGCGUGAUCUCGACAAGCACUGCGGAACCUUUGGCCAAUUCCGUGUCUCCCGCCACCACGCAAGAAGUUAAUCCAGUUUCUGAAACUACAACAGAAGGAAGAAAUGACUCUUUCACGGUUUCUACAAAUAUGACAGAAGGAGUGCUGGUGCCAGUAAAAAUGGAAGAAGAAAAAGAUGAUGGAGCCGCAAUACCUCCAGAUGCCGCAGAAAAGGAUGAAGCUGUUCAGCCUGGCAAUGCCACAAGCCUAGACAUUGAGCUAGCUGUUCAGAGGACAUUAAAAAGCAGCCAAGGUGGUACAGUUUUUGUCAAAGAGGAGAUAAAAUGUGACAUCCCUGGACAAAACGUUGUCAGCGUCAAACCUCAUCCGCAGUUGGUUGCCUUGAAUAUAGAGAAUCCAGAGGAUGUGGCAACAGUUGCUGCCAGAACGGUGAAAGACUGCAAUAGUGUCUCUGCCAUUCCUGCUUUAGAGGAGACCCCACAUGCUUUUGAAAGCGUAGAAGUAGAUGAAGAGAAGAAUGUUGUGGGGGCCGAAGCAGGUGACCAUUCCGUAUCUUCAGUCCCAGGAGAAAGUAAGAGCGUUUUGGCCAUAUCUUGUGAAGAAGAUAAAAGUUUCUGUCAGGAGGAACGUGAGGGUGUUUUGAUGGGAGAUUCGGAAGAAUCUAAGACCACAGGGGACACCAAAGAAAUGGAAACAGCUGCAAACACAGGGGAAUCCACGAGUGUAGCUGAAACCUUCUGUACAGAAAUGGGUUUAGAGUCCUCUGCCGGCGACGGGCAAUCUGUUGAAAUCUCCAUGCCUGUCCAAGAAGGUGUGCUACGUAAUGAAGUUACAUCAAGCCAUUCUGGUACCCUGUUGGAACAAGAAAGAGGAGAUAAAAAUGCAGCAAUAGACUGUCUUAAUCAUAAUCCAGUAUUAAAAACUGACCUUUCUGGAAAAGGGCAUCUCCCUGAGAAGGGAUAUACGGCAGCAGCAUGUGUUGAAUUUGGGAGCAAUUCUGAGAACGGAGCACUCGCUGGAGGAGCAGAGCUGCAGACGCAGCAUCACUUGGCUGACGUCGAAGCCAAAGUGGAUGAGAGUCAUAAGCCAGAAGCCGCUUCUCAAGAGAGUGUUGGACGCCAUUCUGACAAUGAAGAAGUUCUUCCCAUUGUGCCUGAAGAGCUGGAACUGCAGUCGAAGCUGAUGGCUGAAGAGGAGCUUCAGUGUCAGAGCCUGACAAAAGACAAUCAACACGACGAGGGACCGCCAGAAGAGAGUCACAGAGCCCUUGAAGUUUCAGAUACCAUCAUUGCAACAGAAGCAACGAAAGUCCAAGUGCCUGAAGAAAAACCGCUUGAGUUACAGGUAGAAAUACCUGAUCAGGAGGAAGAAACGCGAGACUGCCCUCCAGCUACGGGACAGGGCGACUCAGGUGAUGGCCUGGCUCCUCAGAUCUUGGGAGAGGAAGCUGAACAGAACCAGGAUUUCCAAGCCAAACAAGAAACUGAGGAAGCCACUGCCGGAGAUUCGAGGAAAGUACCUGAAGACGGUGCAGAGAUUCAAGAACCAUCAUCAGAUGCUACAGAACAAAAAGAUAAUACUGCUGGCAAAAUGGAUAUUUGUGAAAAACCAGACCUGGAACCCAGUUUAAAUCUUGUUGAGGUAAACCAGCAAGUAACAGUGAAACGGAAAAGAGGAAGGCCCCGUAAAUAUCCACUGCCGGGUCAAGAUUCAGAAGCUGAUGCAAGAAUUGGAAAUCAACCUUCCUGUCCUAAAAACAGAGACAAGAUUCCUCCAAAAGUAAAAAACACACUGCCUGGAGAUGGAAAAGGCCAUGAAGCUGAAGAAGGGAAGAUGGAGGUGGUGGUGCGUCGAAGAGGAAGGAAGCCCAAACGACCUUUUAUUCCAUCACUGGAAAUAGGAACAGACACACCUGAGCCAGAUAGAAAACGUCAGAAGCUGGCAGCUGCUGUGGAAGAGGAAACAAAAGACCAGGAGGAAGGCAAAGAGAGUGGCAGUAACGGAGGAGAAGACAAUGGCGACGAAGAGACACAUUCAAGAGCCACAACUAGGGCGGCCUCAAGGUUAGAAGCUCAAAGAAAGCAGCCCAGCAAACCAACAACACGUGCAGCCUCUAAAAACCAAAACCCAGUUUCUCCUACAAAUCGCCAGACCUUAGCAGGGAGAAAGCCACUCUCCCUUGCAAAAUUGAAGAAGUCUCCUCUCUCGGCACUAUCAAAGUUGCAUCCCACCAAGCGUAAAAGGGAAGGCAGUCCCUCCGUGUCACAGAAGAAAGGUCACCCAAGAGCAGAAGAGACGGCGGCCAAGAAGGCUAAGCGGUAGUCCUCCUCGUACCAAAGGCAAAUGGGAGAAGAAAGCAAGAAAACUCCGUCUCUGUUAAACAAAAAAAGCCAAGAGGUUUUGCAUGCGCUUGUUUUCCCAGUAUAACAUAAGCAGUGCGGAACCGUUAUGUCACACAUUUUAAACAGCUUUCCAAGCUCUUUGUUUAUGCAGAAGAGUUACCUGCUCUGCAGACGUUUCCUUUGUCUCUCAAGCAGAGAUUGUGAACAGUGAAUUGCUGCUGCCGAUGCUUCCAAUCCACUCAUCACCAAUGGCCUCUUAAUUGACACCUUUUGUACAUAAACCAUGUAUUAAUAAAAAGUUGUAUUUUACAUUUUAUUUAUUUAACAGCAAAGACUGGUCUGUGAACUUCGUUAUGUUCUCCUCCAUUAGUCAUUUUAACUGGAUUUUUAAAUGUUGUGCCACCAUCUUUAGUGUUGUGUGGGACUAGAGACGGGGGGACAUUUUUCAACAGAAUCCACACAGCGCCACUGGCAACUGGCAAAGUAUUUUCUUGCAUGUGUUCAAUUCAAGUAGAUUAGAAGAAGGAAGAGCCCUUGGUCCCUUCCCUUGUCACAUCUUUCUAUAAAGUAGAAUUUAAGGUUGCAUUUCCGCUAUCGAGGAAAUACAUCCGAUUCACUAUUAAAUAUAUUCUCAUGUGUAAAUUUUAUCCCAGUAUCCAAGUAGGUAGAGCGCACUUGAGGUAGCACUAGAUUCCUUCGGACGAAACUGUUCUGAAGUGAAAACUACAUCUCUGUCUCAUUUUGAAGUUUUUAAUUGUCCUUCACUCAGUAUUUCCCCUCCUUAAUUGCAACAAGCUGAAGUUAAAAUAUCCCAUGUAGAUCUUCAAGGCGGUUCAACACUGGUGGUAAUGAAAAGCCCAGAGUCUGGCCCACUUGCCAGAAUCUUUUACUAAACUUAAGGUUUACUUUCACGAGAACAAAUCUUCAUUUUCAUAUAAAGCUUUUUUUAUUAUUAUUACUGUUAUCAAAAUUUGUCUCUUGCAAGGAUGUGAUAAGUUGCCAAAUAACCUGAGAUUAUUUUAAAAUGUUCAUAGUCAUAUGUUUUAUAACUAAAAUCAACAUUCUAUGUUUUCUUCUCAUUUUUGUUUUGUUUAGGAAUUUUUAUUGUAACGUGGAUUUUUUCCUGUCGAAUAUUCUACUUUGUUUCUUACUGAAUUUUUAUAUAUAAAUUAUAAAAUGUUUCCCAAAAUGA